UUUAGAAACAAUUUAGAAUCCACAAGAAAUGACAGUUGUGUCAUAAUUUUUCCGGAAUGGUGCGAGACAUGCACAAACGAGAUCAGUUUGAUGUGUGCUGUGAGUACGUCACGAGAGGAGAUAUUAACAACCUGCCUUUGUUUUUUAUCAAUCACAGAUGUCGUCAAUACUGAGUGAGACGAGGAAAUUUUAGGCACAGCUCUCACGUUCUCGAGUGGAGCGAAUUAAAUGUGUUACAAUUGAGGUCAGAAGGCGACAACUUGCAAACCGAAGGAAGACGAAAGUAUAACGACUUUACUAGCCAGGUUGAGGAAGUAGAGAGAGUGUAUAUCUAGAACUAUACCAAUCAAGAUUCGUCGGGGAAAGAGGAAAAAUUCAAACAAAUCUGGAAAGAAAUCUACGGAAGAAAGCAUCUGUGCUGAGGCGAAGAAAGCUUUUUAAGCGAAGAGAAGAAAGACAACGACAUGAACCACAUCAAUGACAGCAACUCAACUGACAACAAUGGGAAGGAAGACCCGUUCAAUAGCGACCCGACAGUGCCGUUCAUUAACUACGGCUUGCUCUCGUUUUUCAUCAUCCUCGCAAACAGCCUAAUCCUGCUGCUCAUCUGGCGCAAACGGCGACUGCGCACCACAUCCAACAUGAUUCUUACAAGUCUCGCAGUAAGUGACCUUCUAACAGGUUUGAUAGCGGUGCCAAUGGUUAUUGUCUGCUCAGCCGUUAAGCGUUUCGAAGUAUGUCUCCCUAUGGAUAUCUCCAACCGCUUUCUGGCUUUCUCGUCCGUGGGCCACCUUACUUUCUUAUCUAUCGACCGUUAUAUAAGAGUAACCAAGCUUCUGCAGUACCCGUCCAUCGUAACAGAAGAGAGACUUCGUUGUGCUCUGGCUUCUGUCUGGAUGUUCGCGCUGCUGGCCUCAAUGAUACAGCUUAGCUGGAUUCUGCACCCCACGAUGGCUGAGGACACAGUGAAUCGUUUUGACCUCGGAUACGACUUCUUUCACAUGGCUGCCCUAGUCGUGGUUCCCUUACUUGUGACGAGCGCCAUUUAUACCAAACUUUUCACUUUCCUUCGAAGGCAAAGCAACGAGAUCCACAGCGAACUUACCAAGGGCUCGGGAUCUCAGGUCAACAAAGGCAGACGACAAGUAAACGAGAAGAAAAUCGCAACGAUCUUUAUCGCCAUGAUGGCGGUGUUCAUCGUUGGACUAUUUUUCUAUUUUAUGUGGGCAAUUAUGAAUGAUCUGCACGCCAUAGGGCAGCAUAGUAUGUCGCCAAAGGCAGCUUCCGCAAUAGUCGCCACUAUCGUUUUCCUUCGCUUCUUGACAGCGUUGUGCAAUCCGCUCCUCUGUACUUUCAUGAAGCAGGACUUUCGCGACGCUUUAAAAUCUUUCGUGACUGGACUAAGGCGCUCGGAUACAGCGAGACUGAACAGCUUUUCAUCGAGAGCGCGUGCAGUAAGUUCAGUUUAUAGUAGUAGGGAGUGAUUGAAUGGGGAAAUUUGUGGUGAGUGCAGGAGUCAAGUUUCGAGCAAGAAAAAAAAUAAUAAAAUGUAUAUCACACAUAAGUAAAUCGUCUGGGUAUUAAUGAGCUAUGAUGGUAAAGAAAUGGUUGACGACAAAGACAAUCAAACAAGAUCAUGAAAAGCGGUUUGACAAAGAAAAAAAAACAAAACAAAAACCAAAAAACUUGGAUAAUGUUGUCAGUCUUUCGUUAUAGACUACUAGGAAGUAUAGGUGUAAUUUCAUAUCACAAACUAUGAAAGGAUUCUUACGCAAGUUAUUCGGCAUAAUUUGAUAGAUUCUUUUUGAAAUGGAAGGUUUCAGUAUGUAUAUAUAUAUACAAAUACAAAACAAAACAGAAGAAACACAAGAGUGGGCGCAUUUUCUUACUCUGUCGAUUGCUUCGAAGAAAAAAAGAAGUCAAUUUACCUUAGAAAUUUACCCGUUUGUUUUCAAGCCUGAGUGGUAUGUGUCUCGCAUAAAUAUCAGAUAAAAUACCAUGUCAACACGCGGUAGACGAACUUUAUAAAUUACUGGUUGUAUUUAAAAUAAUUUACAUAGCUUUAAGAGUUGAAAUGAAUAACAUAGAACGACCCUUUUAUAAGGUAAAGCAUAUUUAAAAGGCGUUACAUGUAUUACACGAAAAGGGUAGUCACAUUGUAAAA